CGUGGACGAUCCGGUGAGGGGCGGGGUCAAUGACGAAGCCAGCUGAGCGGGCUGAGUGCUGGUGAGGCCAGGCCUUGGAGACGGGGUCCCUUCGAGGCAGCGAGUUGGGGGAGGAAAAAGAAAACAAAGGCCGGCGGUUGAUCUGGUGGCUCGGAAGGAGAAACCUAAAGAUCGGCGGCGAUGGCUGAUUACUGGAAGUCUCAACCAAAGAAGUUCUGUGAUUACUGCAAAUGCUGGAUAGCAGACAACAAACCUAGUGUCGAGUUUCAUGAAAGAGGGAAGAACCAUCAGGAAAAUGUGGCCAAGAGAAUCAGUGAGAUCAAAAAGAAAAGCUUGGACAAAGCAAAAGAAGAGGAGAGAAUAGCAAAGGAAUUUGCUGAGAUGGAGUCUGCAGCUAUGAAAGCGUAUCAAGAAGAUCUGAAGCGACUUGGAGUAAACAUUUCAGCUUCAUCAUCGUCAAGUACAACUGAACAACAACCAGGAGUAAAGGCCUCUGACACACAAUGUACAAAGCAGAAUACAGCAAAUAUCUGGGUACAAGGUGUUUCACCUGAAGGUUAUUUCUAUUACUACAACACUAAAACAGGAGAAUCACAAUGGGAAAAGCCUGAAGGGUUCCAAGGGAGCUCAAACUUUGUGCAGAGUGAAGUUGCACAACAGCAGGCUUCUUCGUGGGUGGAAGGACUUACUCCAGAGGGCUGCACCUACUAUUACAAUGUCAUAACAAGAGAAUCACGAUGGGAAAAGCCAGAAGGCUUCACCUCUGCUAGCGAAUGUUCUGCCACAGCCGUUAAGAAUGAGACUGAAAAUGAGAUGUCCUCUGAAACCUCUGGUUCUGAAGAAUCCAAAUCUCUAAAAAUGACUGAAAGUCAUCAUACAGCAGAGGACGUUCAGCAGGCCACAGACACAGAGCCAAGUGAGCCACAACCAGAAGCAAACACCUCUCUCCAACAGGAAAGUGCUCCAGGUGAUGGCAGUGAAGUAAAGGCUUCUGAAGAAGUGCAUGGUGCAGAAGGUGAAAACAAUUUGCCCCAGGUGGAGGCCCAACAAGAAGCUAAGAGAAGAAAAGUAAACCCAUAUGGUGAAUGGGAAGCUGUAAAAGAGGAGGAGGAUGAACAGAUAGACUUGCAGUUACCAACAGUUGAUUGUUCAGCAACACCGGCAAUUGAUGUAAAGCAUGAGCCCAAAGUCAAGUUUAAACAAAAAGAAAUAACUUCGCUGAGGGAUGAAGCAGGGGGGGACACAGUAUUCAAAAAAAGAAAACUUGAAAAUGGCAAAUCCAGAAAUCUGCGGCAGAAAGGGAAUGAUAACUGAACAUCACCAAAACACAGUUCAGAAAUACAUUCGAUGCUUUUUGGUCUUGAUUGCUGUAGUAAAUAAAUUUGCCUAGAUUUUCAACUCAUGGAAGUUAAUUGGCCUUGUUUGGUGUAAAAUACUGCAUUAUUUUUUUAAAAAGUGUUUCUUUUAAAAAAUAUAUGGUUUAGAAUAACUAAAACUUGCAAGUUGAAUCGAAUACAAAAACCUGCAAAACAUAGUGUCACUGUGGCCAUUUUAGACUGUUAGGUUUGUGAUUGGUUUGACAGCAACAUUUAUAGUCUUGGGAAUUCUUUUGUUAAGACAUUUAAGUUUUUUGUUGUACUAAAUAUUAAAGGAAAUAAUGUAUUCCCUUAUAGCUUAUAGUAAUGCAUUAAUUGGAGCUCUGUAGUGUGUGUUCUGAAUUUAAUGAUUCUUUCAACAUAAUAUCAUCUUUGUAUAAAGUCCUGACAGAAAGCUGUUUGAAAUAUUUUU